CCAGUGCUUCGGAAGUGUUAGGUCCAUGUCAUAUCUGUGGCAUAAUGCUGUCACAUGAGGAAGUACAUAUCGCUGUGAGAGCCAGGAGCUGGGCAGAACUUUGGUAGGGAGUGAUCAACCGUUGUUCGUACGACAGAGGAAAAAAUCUAAUAAAACGAAAAUUACGUUGUUGCCCAAAUCUCAACUUCAUUCAUUUGGAGAUCUGUUUGAAGAUCUCCCCAAAGGAUGAGUGCAGAACAAAUUCGACCAAGCCUGCGACUCACAAGCGGUGUAUUUCUUAUACUCUUUGGCAUAAUACUGCUGUGCUUUUGUAUGGAAUUCAAUGGACACCGAGCGAAACUUGAUGAUGUAUGGUUGGCAAGUAUUCAUAGUAAAAACACACAGAAAGCAAAUGGUCACGUUCAACAAAUGCAGGCGUGUAAUUUAGAUUUUCUACAGCGAUACCUACUGAAAAACGAGAGGUUUCUUGGAAAUGGGAAAUGGAUAAAUGGGACAUGGCUGCCGAAAGACUGUAUCAUGCCAAAGUUACUGAGCCCUUCUCAGCUGGGUUCAUGUUUAAAAAGUAAAAAAAUAAGGAAGAUAGGACAGACUGGAGACUCUCAAUCGAUGAGGUACACGGGAGUUUUACAUGGGGGUGAAGGAUUAUUUACGCGUAAUGUACACGUACUUAAACGCGAAAAUUCAGGUAUAAGAACACCCUCUCCUAAUUAUUUUAGCCCUCCUUUGGACAUCAAAUCUAUCAGAGUGGCAAACAGAGACUGUAGUGGGUGUGCUGGAGAGCUGGUUCGAUGCACAGCACCAAAUCUUAACGUCACUACUGACAUCGAAGUGUUAAUAACCGAAUUCACAAAGGACCACGAAAUAACCACAAAAAGAAAUUCCUGGAAAAGUGAUUGUGAUAUCAGGCUGAAGAAUAUUAGCCAGAUUUAUUGCCAAGAGUCUGUGACAACGCAAGAAGUAUAUUUCCGCGAGUAUUGGCCGCUGUCAGGUUAUCCAGAUGUUAUAAACAUAUACGCUGUACAUGUACACGAGUCACAGAAACGUACGCCCCGUGAUUUUGCCCGUGAUUUUACUUGGUUCAUAGACCUCAUUGUCUCUGUUAUACCAAAAACAACUAAAAUAUUAUAUUGGAAUUCACCGCAGGUCGAUCCUUCAAAGCAACCAGUCGAAUGGAGGGAUGUUACGAGCAAUGAAUUCAUCAAGCAGUUGAAUGCAAUCAGCGCAUCUGUGAUAAGGAAGUAUAUAAUUGAGAAAAAUGCAACUAAUUUAUACCCCAUGUUUGACUUGUAUGAAAUUUCAAAAGACGUAUUGCACUGGAAUAGGGAUGGUGUUCACUUUGAACCAAUAUGGUACAAGAAAGUCAUAUCACUGUUUUGGGCCACGUUGUGCCAAGAUUGAUUAUUCUUUAAAAUCAAUUUGCGAAAAUUACUCAAAAGAUAGUCGCUAUUUUUGAAGUUUCAUUUCAACGUGAACACUACAUAAGCACGUUUUUACAAUUAUUAUUAUUAUUAUUAUUAUAAGUAAAAUGACACACAGACAG